AUGACGCUCCCAGUGACAGGAAAGUCCGGAAAGGGCACACUCGCAUCACGCCUCGAGGACGAGUUCGAGAAACGACCGGACCCAGUGGCUCUGACGCACAACGCCGAUGAGUCGCAAAACAGCUCUUCAGGCGUUGACUAUGAGCCUCACCCAGAGAACUCGAUCGAACUAAAUCCCGAGCGCGAAAAGAUUGUACAAUCGAUAUGCAACCUCUACUCCGGGAGCGCAAGUGAAGACGACAUGAUGGUUUACGGCAAAGAAGCGGUAUACGAUGAUCCCUGGAGCUACUGCGACACAAGAUACAAGAUUGCAGGCCAGUGGUAUGGCAUUCCCAAACUGAUGAAGAGUAGCCGGACAAUCAAGACGGAAGUGCUUUCGUCGAAGCCUGAUGAAAUUAUUUUUAAGCUUCAGCAAGAGUAUACACCCAAGCCUAUGCCUAUCUCGAAGAAGGUCAACAGCCUAAUCACUUUGACGCUUGAUCAGGAUGGUAAAGUGCGGUAUCAUAAGGAUAUGUGGAACGAGAAGGACUAUAGUCAUGAAGGUCUAGGAAAGAUCAUGAAAGAGCUUAAUGGGGAUCAUUUGACAAAGAUUACGAAACCUCCAGCAGAACUAUGA